CGAAUGCAAGCUCAUCAGAAGGUCAGAGAAGGGCAAUGAAAUGAGGAAAGCGGAGCCCAAGGACAAGAGCAACAGGCCGCUAAGCAAAGCAACCACAGGUAGCUCCCCCGUUCUGCCAUGGUUUGACACUCAUCUCUGUGUCUGCAGCCUUGUUCGCAUGGAGCAUGCAGCGGCAGGGCGAGUCGGCCGACUGGCACAUGGGCGCUACCACGGACCUCUCACCAUCGCUGAAAAUCGCUGCGGCCAUCAACGCAAGUAAGGCCAUGAAUGCACGAGUGUCGGAGGCAAGAGGGCAGUGCAGACGACCGCAUGCAGCCAGAUUAAGGCCUCUCGUGUGUUGGUGCUUGAUGUGUGUGGUUGCAGCCGUGGCUGAGAUGCCCGGCGCGACGGAUCUGUGUGCGGCGGGAUCUUCCCGCGAUGAGUCAGCCGAGAGAAACCUCGAACAGGUGAGGAGGGCAUUGCUAUGAUGGCCACAUGCACCUGUGUGUUAUGUCGUGUCUUGUGUCCUGCACCAGCAACUCGUCCUCUACCACCUGGCACCCAACAACACGUAAGUAAGGCGGCCGUCCGACGGACGCUGAUGCGAACAAGACCAUUGUCCUCUGUCAUGUUCGGUCAGCGCCCCCAUGGAUGAUCGCAUCGUUCUUGCUGAGCGUCUCGGGGCGAAGCUGCGGCCAUCUGUGAGGGAGGGGGAGCUUUACCGGUCAUUUCUAUGCGCGUAUAGGCUCAUGGUGGGCAGACAGGGAGGCAGGCCGCAAGGCAGACCGAGGAAGACCCACCACGGACAUGGCAUGGCACCUCUGGCCUGGCAGGGUGCGUUGGAGACGAUUGUUGACGAGCGUGCGUCAAGACUGUUCACUUCGGAGGAGGCGGACGAGUUGCUCAACCCCGUGGCAAGCGAGUGCCCAGACGAAAGCACUGUGGAACAAGGGUGGGCAAGAUGCACCAAAAGACGUACGUCGACGAGUGUGUCUGCACUGCAUGUUAUGUUGGGCAUGGCGUGGUGUCUUGGAUCAGCAUUCGUUUGUUGAGUAAGUUGGCGACUACUGAGAAGGACACCAAGGAGGAGGACCAAGCGCACGUCACCCAUGUCAAAGAGGAGUGUGACAAGGUACGCACGCACGCACGGAGGUCUCCCGCAACGCAAGUCUCCAUGCAUUCAUUCAUUCUGCAGAUAUGGCGGCAGGCGUGUUCGGAUUUCCUGACCGACAUGUCCACGGAGUGCCCUUCCGUACUCUCCAAAGUGAGUGACAUUGAUAAAAACCCGCACCGUUUCCUUCGCCCACGGCCUCAUCUCAUGACUCCCUCCCUCCGUGUGCGUGUGUGCAGGUGUUUGAGAAGGGCGUGUACCGAGAUGUGUGUAAGCAAGUCAAGGAGGGCGGUGCUGGUGCUGACGGGGGACGGCAGGGAGGCCGUGGUGGCGGGGCAUUGGAGGGGGAGGGGGAGGGUGAGCACCAGCAGCAGGAGGAUAAGAAGCAGCCGCGUAUUGAGCAACAGCCCCGGAUACCCCAAGACCCCUUUGCAGAGAUCAAGCAACGUGAGCCGCCACACAGCGAAAGCCAACAGUACACUGACUGAUAUAUCUGUGUGCUACGUGGGUGUCCCUGUGUGCAGCGAUGGUGCGCCGGCCGCUCGUGAGGCGGAAGCAGAAGCGGCCCAGGGACGAGGGUGAGUAACCACCCACAAGGAGAGGCUGCACCGCACCGUGUGCACCGCUUGUGUUGUUGGCCACCGUGUACUUACCUGCAGACACACUAGACGUGCAACGCAGCGAACCGUUUCUGCAUUGGGAGGUAAACGAAUCGCCCCUGGCUCAACAGCUGUUGAUCUGUCAUGAUGGGCUAGGUUGACAGUUUGCUGGCGGGGCUGAAUCGCUUCGGCCAGGGGAGAUGGGAGGAGAUCCUAUCAGUACGCCGCCACACAGCCAUAGCUAUAGCUACCCGAACGCACCCCCAGAACAAGCCUCCUUUACUCGUGCAGGUUUACCCGUUUCGGAGGCGCACGACUGCCGACCUGCGCGAGGCGUUCCGGCGUAUGAUGGCUCAGGGCGACAUCGUGAGCAGCAACGGGCGGUUCAAGAUACGUGACGCCAAGGAGGAGCAAAAGGACGACUAGCCGCGGGCAGCCAAUGCACUGCCUGGGUGGUGUGCAAAGCUUGGAGAUGUCUUGACGUCUUUGCCACGGCUGGUGGUCUGUCUGACUCGUACGUGGGGCGCGGCGCGUGUAUAGUGCAGAUGGAUGGAUGGAUGCGUGUGUGUGUGUGAUAUGGAUCGAUGCGAUGGAUGGAUGGAUGUAAUGAUCGCACAAUG